UAUAAUGAAAACUGUUUUCAUUGGUAGAUAGAAAGCUUUCGAAAAUGAGUCUUUAUCGAGGAGAGGCACUUCCUUAGAUAUGUUUGCAAAUGGCUGCCGCGAAGUUAUGUAGGAAACUCUAUUGAUAGUAAAUAAAACAAGAUGUAGAGUUUUCCAUUAUUUGAAAACAAGUUUUUUAUAAUACCCCACCUCCCAAAUAAUUGUGUGAAAGAGCAAAACCAUGGGUGAGCUUGGGUUUACAGAAGAUCAGAUGAAAGUCAUUGAUGAUAUCUUCAUGAUGUUUGACACAGACAGAACAGGUGAAUUAACACCUCUCCAAUUACAGUCCAUGCAUCAAGAAAUUCGGAUGGGAGGAAUAAGUUUUCCACAGGUUUUAGCCUCUAUCAAGUAUGUAUGUGCCAGUGCCACUGUAGACCCAAGUGAGAUGUAUGAUGUACUACUGGAGAUGGACAGGAGAUACUACCUGGUACAAGAACUAAGGUGGGAGUUCGCCAUGUUGGACAGGCAGCAAAGAGAUACUAUUACAGAGGAACAGGCAAAAUGGUUUAUGCAGUCUAUUCAUGGCAAAAGUUUUUCUAGAAGAAAAUGGGACAAAUUUAUCAAAACAAGACCUGUGCCUGGGAGCGGGGUUAGUUUUGCAGAGAUAGAGGUGGAGUUGUGUAACAUUCCAAACAGACUUGAAGUGGAGAUAGAGCUGAAAGAAGAAGAAAAAGAUAUGGAAGAACAAAUGAAGAAGAAAUUGGAGAGGGAAAGACUGCAGAGAGAAGAGGAAGAAAGAUUGAGGAAAGAAAAAGAAGAGCAAAAGAAGAGGAGACUGGAGGAACAGGCCAAGAGGAAAAAGUUGGAAGAGGAAGAAAGGCUCCGUAGACAAAAGGAGGAAGAUGAGUUGAGAAAGAAAAGGUUACUGGAAGAAGAAAGACAAGAACAGGAGAGGAAUAAGAAAGCUGAAGAAGAAGAUGAAGAACUCAAAAGACGACAGGAGGAAGAGGAGGAGGCUAGGAGAUUGAGAGAACAUGAAGAAAGGAUGAGGUUGCAGCAGAAGGAGUCUCAAGAUUCAGAAUCUAAAGCCAAGGAAGCUAAACAACGUGAAAAAGAAGCAGAAGAAGAAAUAAACAAAGCCAGACAGAAGAGAGAGAAUGCAAAAGAUGACAAGGCAAGAAAAGAAGCAGAGGAGUUGGAGAAAGAGGCACAGAGAAGGAAAGAUGAUGAAAGGAACAAAAGAAUAAGGUUGACACUUAAGGCUGCCAUCAGUUCAAGGGAUCGCACCAAAAUUGAACCAGCUGUUAAAGAAUUUGAGAAGGCAAAACUCUCGGAUGAUGAUGAAGAUCUUCCUAAGGCUCGAAGAAUUUUGGAGGAGUUGGAUGCAAGAGAUGGUCUUAGAAAUGCCAUGGUAAAACGUAACCUAGAAGGACUGGAGAAAGCUAUCAACAAUGUCAAAAGGAAAGGCUUUGAGGUGGCACUGGCUCCAGAAAUGGCAGAAGCAAAUAAACUCCUUUUACAGCUACGUAGAUUGGAGAGGAUCCGUGCAGAAAUCUUACAGCUGAAACAGUCCACAGUGGCAGAAAUCAGAAGUUAUUCCAGCCCUCCUACAGUUGUCCAUACAGUCAUGAUAGGCACAUUCCUCCUGCAUGGUCAUACAGAGAAAGAAACUAAGAUCUGGAAAAAUGUUCAAGCUCUGGUUGGAAAGACGGGAAAAGAUGGUCUUAAGCGCCGUUGUCUGGAGUAUGAUCCUGACAAGUUGGCCAACAAUAUGCAGAUUGCCAAGAGGGCCAAGGAGCUGAUGAAGCAACAUGAGCUGGAUGAAGUUAGGGAUGUGUCUGCAGGGGCUGCAACUUUUUAUGUAUGGGGUUUGAGCAUGAUAGAGGAGGCAGAGGCCCGCAUCGAAGCCAGAAAGUAUGAGGCGGAGAAUCCAGCCCCAGAACCUAGCAGUGGGUCCCGUGGAGCGAGUCCUACAGGGGCUGGAGGUCGCAGCAAGUCCAAGUCUCCUGCAAGAAAAGAAUUAUCACUUAAAACCUCUGUUAUGCAUGGCAAAAUUAAGGUUGUUAUGUGACAAAAUUGCAUGAGUUGAUUGUGAAAUGGCUCUUGGAUGUAAUUUUUAUUAUUUUCCUUUUGACCAGAUUUAUAUUAAAUUUUAAUAAUUGAGAAUGACAGGUUUUAGUCUGGUUUUGGUGAGGUAGAUUUUAUUAUCUAAUUGGAUUAUAUUACCUCCACCUAGGAGGUUUUGUUUUUGCCUUUGUUUGUUAAAGGUAUUCUUUGCAUGUUUGUCCCAAGGUCACAUUUUCUAAGUCUGCAUAGCUACUUUUCUUUCUGAAUCAAUGAUUCAAGAGAAGGAGAAAUUGCUCAUUUUUUAAAGAAAAUUUGAUUUGGCAGGAUAAUCCUGGAUAGGAUACCCUGAACAGCCAACCCAAAAAGUUAUGGAUGGAUUUUGAUAAAUUUUCAGGAUAGUUCAGAAUUCUGCUGAUUGGGAUUCACUAAUUAAAGGAUUUAUAAUCAUGAGAAUUGAGCUGCCUCGAUAGAGGUUUGCACUUUCUCAGUGCUUUUGUAGUUAUUUUUGUCUAUUCAUUUUUUAAAAUUAAAUUCAGCAGUUUCUGUUGUUAUAUUAAGUAGUGAGUAUAAUGAUUUAUCAUAGAUAUUACAAUAUUGUCAUAUAAAUAAUUGGACAUUCAUUAUUGUUUUAGUGAAAAAGUGUGAGGGAUGCUUACAAUACAAACACAGCACCUCAGUCCCUAUAGUAUCUCUGUAUUCCAUACUGUAAACUGACAAUUUGUUAUCUAAGUAUGGCAGACUGUUCUGAAAAAAACUUAAAUCAACCACAUUGUCCAAAGAUAUUACAUACAAUGUAGUUCUUCCAUUUGAAAGAAUUCUCAUUAGAGAGACACAUUUUCAAGAAAAGGCUAUUUGUUCAUAAGCCAGCGACUCUCCAAAGAGGUCGUUAUGUUCCUUUCACUGCAUUUAUCUGCGAACUCUAUUAGUGCUAUUGAGAAUGUCUGUAUGUUUUACCUCCCCCAAAACGGCUACCUAGCUGCUGUGGGGCCAAUAUUCAGUACUGUCUGGACCCCCGUUAAGUUAAUAGUGAAUCCGAGUGAAAGUGUGUGAGAUUGAAUAAAAAUUACAGUUAAUUAUUGAAAGAUAAGGUCAGGGAAAGUAAGUUCAUGGGAGUCCUCCUCAGUGGUAGCAUUGCAAUACGAGUGGGGUAGGUGGGAGGGAGAAUACCUUCUACGGAAAAUAAACCGACAAGACAGGCAAACUAGGCAAAUAGGUUACCGUUCUCAUUCUCUUCUUCCUAAUAUGUGAACGACCUGUUAAUAUUAGGGCUACUGUGAAGAUUCGGAUUUCGUCUUGUCUGGGCCUUUGAAGGUGCAUUUUAGAAUUGGUAAUUUUCAAAUGGGACCAUAUCGAAAAAUCAACCGGUAACCGCCAGUGUCACAGGAUAAAAAUAACCCCCAGACAGACAUUGCAAAGAUGAUCGACAGUUUUUUAAUAAUUUACACACAUUGGAAACGAUGUUGAUGACACAUUAGCUUGUGAGGUUUGUCACUUUUUAAGUAUUGUCGAGAAGGGUAUGUCAAUUAUCGAACAAUGCUAGUGGAUGUUUGAGUUAAAUAUCGGCUUCUGGAAAUUGGGUUUGCGUGUAGGAAAGUACUAUGGGGAAUAUGUGAGUAAAAUGUUGGUUUUGGAGAUUGGAUGAGUACAUUUGAUGGGUGACUGCAUAUCACCUUGCUAUUGAUCUCUCACUGUGAGUCGUUAACCAAAAAAAAAAAAAAAAA